AUGGCCACGGUCUUAGCUCGGGUUGUGCAGGGACCCCUGGGAUGCGGCACCAAAACCACGAUCUCGGCUCCGGAAGAAAGUCAGCUCGGCUUGUGCCAGGACUCCUGGGAUCCGGCACCGAGGCCAAGAUCUCGGCCCCGAAAAAGGCUGUUGAUGGCACUGAGAUUUUACGACGCUGGGACAUUUCAAACAGUGACCGGGGACCUCGUCCACAUUCCGCAGUCCACAGUGUGCCGGGCAGUUGGAAAAGUGACCACGCUGAUCGCAAAGCACUUGUACUUCAUCCUCAUGCGCUUUCCGCAGCCGCCGGAAUUUCAGCAAGUUAUGCGGGACUUCUAUAAAGUGGCCGAAUUCCCUAGCGUGACGGGAUGCAUAGACUGCACGCACGUGCAGAUCAAAAGCCCUGGUGGGGAAAAUGCCGAAGUACUCCACAACCGCAAAGGCUAUUUCUCCUUCAAUGUGCAGGCGGUGGCUGGACCACAACUCCAGUUUUUCGACAUUGUAGUCGGCUGGCCCGGCUUUGUUCAUGACAGCAGGAUUCUUGACAACUCCCGCUUGCGGGUGCUGUAG